AACGCCCAUCGCUAAUUCUGAGUGACGUUUGUGUUUGUAGCACUUUUGUAAAAAAAAAGGAGUUUGUAGAUUCUUAAUAUAUAGAUAAACGUAAUUGAAAUCUUGAAUUAUUGAAUUUCAGUUCAAAUAUUAGUAAUAGCUGAAUUUUAUAAAUAUAUUAUCAAAGAAUAAAUGUGAUAUUGACUGAAAUAGUGUAUUUAAAUUUUUAAAGUACACUUAACAGCUAGCAUGACUUCUCAAGCACUAGCUUCACUUACUGCUACUUACACUGAUUCGGAGGGUGAGGAAAGCAUAGUAGACGAACCUACACCCGAAAAAGAAGAAACAAAGGUAUCACAAUCGGUUCCUGUGAGCCCUAAAACAAACGAUGAAAAUAAUAAGUCCGCCUCGGCGCCGCCGUCGCCUAAACGUCGGUUAGUAUCGUAUGUUGAUGAUACAAUAGUCUCAGACGAGGAGCCUAUGUCGCCCACAGCAGAGGACCAAGAUGACAUGCGUCGGCUGUCCAUGGAGACGGACACUGACGAGGCUGUUCCGCGGUCUGAUCCUGAUGACUCCCAAGAUGGUGUCACCAUUCCACCGGAGCCUACAGGAAAAUGCCCUAAGGAAUUACAAGAAAUCAUUGCCAAAUUUUAUAGUCGAAUGUUAAAUGAAGGUUUGGAUAUGAAUAGGAUCAUUCAGGACAAAAAGAAUUUCAGAAACCCUAGUAUAUAUGAGAAACUAAUUGAGUUUUGUCAUAUAAAUGAAUUAGAUACCAACUAUCCUCCAGAAAUAUAUGAUCCCUUAAAAUGGGGUAAAGAGUCAUAUUAUGACGAGUUAUCCCGUGUACAGAAAGUAGAAAUGGAUAGAAGAGAAAAAGAAAAGAAAGAAAAAUUAUCUAAAAUUGACUUUCUUUCUGGUGUUGCUAAGAAACCUGAAAGUGAUGAAGAGAAAAAAAGGAAAUCAAAGUGGGAUCAAGCUGCACCCAAUGUAGCAGCUAAACCGACCAUAAAGCAACCAGGAUUGGUCCAACAACCUCUCACCAGCAAUGUCACCGGCACCAAGAGCACAGUCAUCUCUGCAUUUGGUUCUUUACCUAAGAAACCAAAAUUGUGACUUGGACACUAAAUUUAUUUUAAAUAAAUUAAUAUUCUCCUAAUAAAAACUGUAAUCUAAGAUUAUUAAUAUGAAAUAUCAGUCAUAAUAAUCAUAUUGUGAUUUUUUUCUCAUCAUCACUUAAAAGUAAGAAUAAUCAGUUAUUGGCCAGAGUGUGAUCAACAAAAGUUUUCGCACUUUUUCUGAAAAUGUGACAUAUUAAUGUCCCGGAUUUAUCUUCGGGGACACUGGGACAGACAUCUGAAAAACAGGGUGUCCCAUCCAAAUCAGGACAUUUAGUCGUGUUAUGUAUUGCAAAUAAAGAUGUUAUUAUAAUGUUUACAAAUUUAUUAUAUUUUGAUUUAUUUUACAUUCACAAUGCUAUAC